CUUCUCAUUCUCCUUCUCCUUUCCUCGACCCAUUUCGGAUUUCCAUUCUCAUCACCGCAGCCAUGUCAGCCUCGCCAACAUCCCCAGCAAGGACACCCACUCCUUCCGCCAACCCGCGCACACCCCCGACAGCUACGACGUCUCCUCUUGCCGCAUCGCCUACUCCGCAGCCUCCCAUAAUCCAUCCCGAUCCUCAGACGCAGCCAGACAACAACCCCAAAGUAUCCGAAUUGCAUGCCAUGUUUCCAACAGUUGAGCUCUCAGUGAUUGAGCUCGUGCUCGAGACAUGUGGAGGGUCCACUGACAGGGCAAUCGAGCAAUUGUUGGCUAUGAGUGACCCCGCCUUCAAGCCUGAUGAGCUCAACGUGGCCAGGCAAGACCACCAGGUGGACCUCGAUGCAGAGUUUGCCCGGUCACUUCAGCUUCAGGAUGAAGAAGAGUAUCGACGCUCUCGAAGCCGUUACGAGGCGGCACACGGUUCUGCCAACCCUACCCAACCCCAAGGGGAGCUGCCUUACCAGCCCCGUGUCCGUCGGGCUCGUCCGUCUCAAUCCCAGGGAGCGUCCCAGCCUGAAGUCGACGGUAGGUUUGCAGAGUAUGAGAGUACGAGAGAUGGAGAGAACCCUCCGGGGAUGCUUUACGUGGAAGAAAGGCUAGAGAAAUUUGCCGAAGCUGGCAAGCAGACCUUUAACUCUCUUCUUUCUCGAGCUAAACAAAAGUACUCGGAAUUCCAGGCUUCCCAGGGUCAGAGAUCUAGUACUCAAGGAUAUGGCGGAGGUCAGGGACAAAGACAAGAGUAUGACUAUAGCGGGUACGGUCGUGCUGCCCCCGGCGGUAAUCGGGGCGGUGAACAGAGCAGGGGGCAGGGCUUAUGGAGCAAUGUCGGAUCACAUUCCCCCAGUAUAAGUGGUACGGAAAGUAUAUCCUCUCAAAGUACCUCCGACCCUACUCCGCCCCAAUCACGAAGGCAGACUCAAAGUCAGGCACCUGUUCGCCAGCAGUCAAAGAGAUGGCAACCUUCUGAUGCCUAUGACGACCCUCUGCCCCCUCGUACCACGUCCAGCCCUACUCAAAUAGCCGUCGCACCUUCGCGAACUAUGGCCGGCAGCCCGGAUAAAGGAAAGAUUGACCCUGCCAAGUUGGGUAUUCUCCCAAAGAAGCGUGUGGAUCUCAUGUCCACAUCUCCUACAGCCUCUUCACACCUGAACUCGGAAAAAAAGAGUGACGACGAAGACCCUAACCCUUCCUUGCCCAACGGGAGUCUCAUGAGCAGAAUCCCGCCUACGCCUCCUGCAGAGACCAAUCUGUACAAGCUGGAGGAUAGUGAUGAUGAUGAGUUGGAAUAUACCAAGAAUCCAUUUGAUGAGAAGUGACGACCGAUGUUGAAAUGAAAACAUGGUUGGUCACGUUUCGUUGUUGUUCAUACAUAUAUGUAAAAUACCCUUGUACAGAGUCAUGAUGAAUUUCUUGCCGCCCGUAACGAAUAAGCCCACCUUUUGUAUGUGAAUAUCAUACAUGCAUAACAUAACGAAC